UAUACCCAAACCCAAACAUAAAGCCUAUACAAAAGUGAAGUCUAUAUCUAUAUCUCUCUCUGCCUUUUAAUUUGUUGUUUGCAAUAAGACUAGAGGAACAAAAGAAGAAGAAUCUAUGCUUUUGAUCAAGUCCAUGGCGGACAAGGAAAACAAGCUAAAACCAGACACUUCAUCACUAGAAAUUUCCACAUUUUCCGAUCAGAUUCCGGCGAGUACUUAUUCUUUAUUUGAUAUGCCAACAUGUGAAACAGAAAAGGGUUCUUCUUUAAGCUUAAUGUUUUCUUCUCAUCCAAUUACUACUCCUUCUAUAUUCGAUUUGCUUCAACCUCCACCACCACCACCGGUACCUUUAUUGGUUCCAUCACAACUUAAAAUAGUCAAUAAGAUUCCGUCGUCUGAGAUUGUAAAUACUCCUAAUUCGUCGUCCAUCUCUUCAUCAUCAACUGAAGCUGCUGCCAAUGAUGAUCAACUACAGGCCACCACUAAAACAGUAGAUGAUGAUGAUGAACACAAGAAUAAGAAACAGUUAAAACCCAAGAAGAAGAACCAAAAGAGGCAAAGAGAGCCGAGAUUUGCGUUCAUGACAAAGAGCGAAGUUGAUCAUUUGGAUGAUGGUUUUAGAUGGAGAAAGUACGGCCAAAAAGCAGUAAAAAACAGCCCCUUUCCCAGGAGCUACUAUCGUUGCACCACCGCAACAUGUGGUGUGAAGAAGAGAGUGGAAAGGUCAUCUGAAGAUACUUCAAUAGUAGUUACAACUUAUGAAGGUAUUCACACUCAUCCAUGCCCCAUUACGCCUCGCAGCUGCAUCGGCAUUCUGUCUGAAACCACCGCCUACGGUGGCUCAAUUGGUGGUCUUGGCGGCAAUGGUGGUGGUUCCUCUUUAUUUAUCCCACAAUUCCAUUAUCAAGCAUUACAACAACAACCGACCUAUUUUCAGACACCAACAUUACCGAUGAACUUUAUUAGUACUUGUGAUUCCUCCUUAUAUUCAUCACAAGAGAGAAGGUUCUCGCCUUCUACUUCUUCUUCUUCCUCUUUGGCUAGAGAUCAUGGGCUUCUGCAGGACAUGGUGCCAUCCCAAAUGAGGAGAGAUCCAAAACAAGACGGAGUAUAUAUGUAGCAGGGUGGCAUUCUCAUUGAGCACUCUGUCAAUGAAAUCUCAAAGCUAGUUCGAUGGGAAUAUAUAUGCUAAGGUAAGAACCCCCAAAAUCAACAAUGCCACAUUUAUUUGUUUUAACCACAUGUUUAUCAGUUUUUCCCUCUUUUCUUCUUGGAUGAAAUUCGUCUCUAUAUCUACAAUAUUCUCUUUUCCAACUUUUACCUCUCCAUGGGAAAAAAUAAGAGACUUUCAAACCAGAAAAAAUUUCACCAUUUCUUGUAUAUCACGCCAAUCAAAUUUUACGACGCUGAUUUUAUAUAUGAAAAUAAUUAGAAAUUAUAGUUGUUGUUCUCUUAUAUAUAUAAAGGUAUCAAUUUCUAACUUCCACUAAGGUAGCCA